AUGGCAGGUUACCUCUUCCUCCCAGAGAUCGAUGCCCCUCAACUGGACACCCGAGAGACACAGCCAGACCUGAGCCAGGGCCUGGAAGGUUCAGGGGAGCAACAGGGAGAGUUGGCCCUGACCGAGAAUGUGAUUCAGUCAGAGGGAGUGGAGGUCGAGGCUUUUGGCUGUCAAAAAGACUUUGAGGAGGAGGAGGCCGUGGAGUCGGACCCAGGUGCCCUAGACGAGGACUUGCAGUGCCCCAGGGAAGAAGACACGGUUAAAAUGUCGGGCGGUCCCGAGUGCAAGACCUGCCGGUACCUGUUGGUGCGGCACCCCAGGAAGUUUAGAAACGCUCAGACAACCUGCAGGAGAUGCUACAGAGGCAACCUGGUCUCCAUCCACAACUUCAGCAUCAACAGUUACAUCCAGAGAUUGAUCAGUUUUCUCAAUCAACCCCAGGUCUGGAUUGGAGGCUGGUUCCAGUGCGGGAGGGCAUACUGGACUGAUGGGACCUGCUGGAAUUUUGGAGUAUGGGCCCCAGGACAGCCCCAGAAUGGGGGAGGCCAUUGUGUGGCCCUAUGCACCAGAGCGGGUUACUGGCAACGAAUCUCAUGCCACAGGCAGCUGCCCUUCGUCUGCUCCUUCUAAGCCAGUGCCACGGACACCCCGCCUUGUCGCCGCUUCCGCCCACCUCCUCCUGGCUGCCCCUGACCCACCCUGGGCGCUGGGCUCCUCUUGCAAGCCCCUUCUGGUCAUAAAGACAGAC